AUGGCUUCGCGUAUAACGUCCGGUGCUCGGUUGUGCGUUCGCGCCAGUAUCGACAGACUCGUGUGCAAUUUGUCCAGAAGCCGUCACCACAAUGCGGUGGAUACGGCUGCCGUCCGUCGGGGCUCGGACAGGAUUCUACAAUGUUACCAGAAACAGUCAAACCGAAUGAGAUCAGAUCACCAGAGGAAUCACUGUCGACGUUUUACUACUUUACAAGACACAGAUACAGAUUCACUGUCCUCUAUCGACCCAUACAGACUGUUAGAUGACGACCUCAGAGAUGUAUACACAGACAUCACACGGGAACUUGAACUGAACACUAAUCAAGAUGAGCUACGGACGAUAGCUACAUAUUACUUCGAUGGGCAAGGAAAAGCCCUUAGGCCUAUGGUGGCUAUCCUGAUGGCUCAUGCCAUAAAUUACCACAUGAACAAUAAUGGUUUGGACAAAAAACAAAGAGAAGUAGCUAUGAUUGCGGAAAUGAUUCAUUCUGCAUCCCUAAUUCACGAUGAUGUCAUUGAUCAAUCAGACUUUCGACGGGGAAAGCCGAGUGUAAACGCGCUUUGGAGUCACAAAAAAGUAGCCAUGGCUGGUGAUUAUAUAUUAGCAGUAACGUCUAUGAUGAUCGCCAGGCUUAACCACAAUGACGUCACAAUCACUCUUAGCCAAAUCAUCACUGACUUGGUUCAAGGAGAGUUCAUGCAGCUCGGCUCUAAGGAGACUGAGAACGAAAGAUUUGCUCACUAUUUAACGAAAACUUACAGAAAAACAGCCAGCCUCAUAGCCAAUUCAGUCAAAGCUGAAGCGAUGUUAGCUGGCGCCGACGACCAAUUGGUUGACGUAUCGUUCGAGUACGGCCGCAACAUAGGCCUGGCGUUCCAGCUGGUCGACGACCUGUUGGACUUCGUGUCCAGCAAAGAUGCCAUGGGCAAACCGACGGCAGCCGAUCUGAAACUGGGCUUGGCCACCGCUCCAGUAUUGUUCGCCUGCGAAAAGUACCCCGAGUUGAAUGCCAUGAUAAUGCGGCGGUUCCAAGAGCCAGGCGAUGCAGAACGUGCCUUCGAGCUGGUACACAAGUCACAGGGUCUCGAACAGACGCGGUUCCUUGCCAAAAAACACUGUCUCGAGGCAACUCGUCUGGCCGGCAAGAUUGCCGAGUCACCGUAUCAAAAGUCUCUGUUGGUCGUACCCGACCUAAUAGUAAAUCGCAUGAAAUAG